AUGAAUAGAAGAAUCAUGGUUGCUGUGAUGGCUAUAGCGUUGAUCAUAACGGUUGUAAUUGUUUUAGAAAGUGAACUAAGAGACAUGAAUAAAGCUACUACAAAUACAAAUGUUAUAACAUUACAUAGUAUUAUUAGAGUACCUUUUAUUAGAUAUGUGAUAUUUAAUCAAGUGUAUCUUUUAUCUAGAGAGAUAGAGAAAAUAGGGACUAAUACAACAACAACAACAACAAUCAACAAGGUGACUACUACUACUACUACUUGUACUUCAAUGCGAGGAGAGGAUAUUAGACAACUACGUGGACUUGGUAUGAUAUCAAAGUAUGCAAUGCCAUGGGAUUAUAUCAAACAUUAUCUAUCAUCACCUGAAAUGGAUAAAGGAGGAAUAUUGUUUGAAAGAAGAAUGCAUACGAUUACAUCGUACUGUGGACACCCAAAUGCAACGUUGGAGACACUAAAACAUUUAUUGGAGUGGUCACCAGACUACUAUCCUUUUAAAGCUGGUCAAACUAAAGAAGAUACACCAUUAUACUAUCAAAACUUAUUAUCAAGUAUUGCACGUGCCAAACAUUCAGAUAUACUAGAUUUGAUGAUCACUCGGUACCCAAACCAAUACAAUACCAAAGAAGCAAUGGUUUAUGCUACUAAAAAUGGUUUAUUAUCAACCGUUCAACUUUUAUUAAAUCAUACUACGAUGGUAAAAGAUGGUAAUCUACCAGAAAAGGUCAUUGAUAUUGCUGCCCUCUCUGGUCACCUUGGUAUCGUUACAUUAUUACAUAAUUAUUCUAUAAAACAUCAACAAGAUCUUGUUAAAAAGAUGGCUUCUAAAAAUGCAAUGAAUUUUGCUUCAACUCAUGGUUAUUUGGAUGUACUACAAUUUCUACAUGAAAAUAGAACAGAAGGUUGUUUAACAUUAGCUAUGGAUGAAGCUGCAAAGAAUGGUCAUUUUGAAGUUGUCAAGUUUUUACAUUAUAAUCGAACAGAAGGUUGUACAAGUUAUGCUAUUGAUUUGGCAAAAACUUUGGAAAUUGUUACAUUCCUACAUCAAAAUCGUACAGAAGGUGCGACUGCUCGGGCAAUGGAUAAUGCUGCGAUGAAUGGUGCAUUGGAUAUAUUGACAUUUUUACAUAAUCAUCGAACUGAAGGUGCAACAACCAGUGCUAUCGAUUUGGCAUCUGAAAAUGGUCAUUUACAUUGUAUUAAAUUUUUAAAAGAAAAUCGUAGUGAAGGAUGUACACUGGAUGCAAUGGAAGUUUCAAUUAGGAAUAAUCAUAGUUUGGAUAUUACCAAAUACAUCUAUGAUAACCUAAACAAAGAAGUUACAGUAAGAUCUUCAAUAUAUGCAAUAGAGCAUGGUCGAUUAGAUGUCAUCCAAUUUCUUCACCAACGUUAUGAACCAAAUGAAAUUUAUAGACUCUAUACAAUGGAUACAUCAUCUCAUUAUGGUAGAUUUGAUAUCCUCAAAUUCUUUCACGAAAAUACAAAAGAGAGAUGUACAACUAGAUCGAUGAAUAAUGCAGCUAGACUUGGCAGUUUAGAUACAGUAAAAUAUUUACAUUAUAAUAGAACUGAAGGGUGUACUUUUAAUGCUUUGGAUUAUGCCUGCGAGGGGGGAUUCAUUGAUAUUGUUAAAUUCUUACACGAGAAUAGAACUGAAGGAUUUGUAAUAUUGGAAUCAAAGUUUUUACAUUAUAAUAGAACAGAAGGAUGUACAACAGAAGCAAUUGGAUAUGCAUCGAUAUAUGGUAGAAUUGAUAUUGUUCAAUUCUUACAUGAGAAUAGAACAGAGGGAACUACUUUUAGAGCUCUAUUAGUAACUGAUGAUACCCCCAACCACUACCAAUGUGUCGAUUAUUUAUUAAAGAAUAAUAUAGUCUCUAAACAAAUGGUCAUGGACAAUGAAACGGAAAUCACUCAAUACCUCUCAUUAAAAGGAGGGUUACAAUCCAUUCCAUCUUCUUCUUCUUCGAUAUAUAUAUAUUUAUACAAAAUUAAGUGUAGAGAAAUAUUCGAGUAUAGAAAUCAAAUCAUUUUUAAAUAA